CUGUCCGCCGGCAGCAGCAGCAGCAGCAGCGCACCGAGCUCCUCUCCAUCCCAUGUGUUUGAAAAAAGAAAAGAAAGAUGGGCUCGGAUCCAGACAUGUGCUGUUAGAAAAGACCUCUGAUUAGCUUUAUGUAGUUUUUAAUAACCUCGUUUGAGAAGAAAAAAGCGGAAAAGGGACUAUUAAAUCACUCUUUUUUUUUUUUACCGACAAUGCUACCCUGCUCAUCAUCGGCGCAGAUGGAGGGAUGCGAGGAGGAGAGGGACGCGCACAUGCACACCGAGUGCAACAGACUGACGGAGGAGAGAGACGAGGCCGAGAGACAGCUCAAACACAUCAAGAGAGUGUCUCAGAUGGUGAUUGAGGAGGUGAGCGUUCUGCAGACUCAGCUGGAGAUCGAGAAGUCAUGCCGUGAGAAUGCAGAGGCCCUGGCCACAAAGCUGAACUGUGAGAACAGGAAGUUGAAGUACCUGAGCAUGUCGUCUCGCCCGUGUUUGGACGAGCUGCUCCCCAGCAUCUCAGACUGCAUCGCUCUGGAGGCCGACUCAGACGCAGACGCUGCAGACGGAAGCCCAGACAACUUCACCCAGUACCACCAGCAGGUUAAAGAGCUGAGGGAAACGGUGAACAGCUUGUUGGAGGAGAAGAAGAACUUCGUCUGUCAGGUUCAUGAACAGCAGAAACGGAUAGAAGAGCUGACGACUCAGUCAGAGAAAGAUCAGGCCGAGAUGAAGGAGCUUCGGGAAACUGUUGAGCAGCAUAGUAAAACCAUCAAGAGAUUCAACAGAGUGUCUGUGAUGGCGACUCAGGAGUACGACGGGAUGAAGGAGCAGCUCGACUUGGAGCAGAGCCUCAGAGUGAAGGCCGAGACGUACGCACACGAGAUGCUGGUGAAGCAGAAGGAGGCCAACAGGCAGAGCAUGCUCCUGCUGCAGAGUGCUGAGCCCAGCAUUCAGCUGCUGAAAGCUCUGGAGGACGUCGCUGCCGUCACUAAAACCCUGGAGGAGGAGCGUCUGCAGCAUCAGCAGAAGCUUAAAAGCCUGCAGGCCCAGCUUGAGCAGAGCUGUGUGAAGAAGCAGCUGGAGGCUCUGCAGAGACAGCUGGAGCUGCUAGAGGUAGAGAAGAAGGAAGUGGAGGGACGACUGGAGCAGACAGAGAAGAAGAACGAGGAGCUGCAGAACAGAGUCCACGAGCUCCAGGAGGAGACCCAGAAACAUGUCCCGAUGACGACCGGCACAGGACCCCCUCCCCCCGAACCUGGGGUCGCCCCGCCUCCUGCCCCGCCCCCUCAGCCUCCCCCCCCUCCUCCACCUCCUCCACCCCCUCCUCCUCCUCCCCCCUCGAGGUGCAACCCCCUCAGCUCUCUGAUCGCCAUCAUGAGGAAGUCAUCAAAAGGCUCCAAAACUGCUGUGAAGGCCGAGCAGCCUGCAGCUGGCGAGGGUGUGGACGACGUGAAGUCGAAGGCGGUGAAUGAAAUGAUGGAAAGGAUCAAACAUGGCGUCGUCCUGCGGCCGGUCAAGAGUCAGGAUAGCAAGAGAGUAGCAGUAAAACCGCCUCCAGUCGUUGAGGAGAAGCCUCAGCAGCAGCCGCCGCAGCCGCCGCAGCCGCCGCAGCCGCAGGAGAGCGCCAUGGAGGAACUGAAAGGCAUCUUGGAGACGGUGAAGCGGAGCCCCAGCCGAGGCUCUCAGGAGUCGGGGCCGUCGCCAUCGGGGAAGAAGGACAGCGAGCUGGAGGUCAUCCUGAGACGUAGACGCAACAAGGCGGGAGAAUCUGGCUCAGGAGAUGAGCGGGAGGGCCAGAUGAGCCACGUCUCCUCCCUGGACAGCCUGAACGGGAGGCGCACCAGCAGCGACUCAGGCAAAGACCCAGAAGCACCGAGGGUCGGCUCAGAGAGACGGGGGUCAGGACCCGGGCCCAUCGUGGCAAGGAGGAAGAGCUCAGACACAGGCAAAGAGCCCAGGGUGGGCUCCUGGCAGGAGAGGAGGUCCUGCAGCUCGCUGUCAGAGAAGGAGACAGCAGAGUCUCCAGUCAGCAACGGCUGCAUCAAAAGUGUUGGGGGGACGAUCAAAACGUCACUGAGAGGUGUGUCCAGUCGAAUGGAGUCGAGCACACUGGAGCCGGAGAGGUCGCACACACCGCUGUCUGCGAUGGCCCCGUCAACGGCAGCACAGACGCAGAGUGCUAAGAAGGACUCUGAGGAUCCCGGGCUUGGUUCUGUAAUCUGGUGCAUUUGA